GUGCUGGAAGCUUGUAGGUUUCUUUCCUUUUCAAGGAUGCCUGAUGCAACAGCUGGAACAUGGCUGCUAGAGGAGCCUCUACUCAACAACCAGCUCCUCAACCCAAGGGUCCUGUGUUCAGCCAGCCUGUGCUCACGUCUAAGAACUACUGGUUUUACAAAGCUAGGUCACAUUGUGAGCACAGGGUGGGCAGCUGUCAGGGAAAGAACUGUGAAUAGGUCACAACAACUACUGGACCAACUGGCAGCAGAGACAUGCCGGUCACUGCCUGCUGCCUACCAGGAGUUCCUGAAUGACCAAACUGUUAUCGACCAGUGGAGAGAGGGAGACACACUGAGGCACUGGGAGGACAGUGAGUUUGUGGCCGUCUACCACAGGGGGCGCUAUUUCAGGCUGUGGGUUUAUUCUGCUGGACGUCUUCUCUCUCCCCGAGAAAUACAACACCAGAUCCAGAACAUCUUGGAUCACCCUUCAGCUCCAGCACCAGGAGAGGAGAGACUGGGAGCACUGACCGCUGGAAACAGGGUGCCCUGGGCCCGUGUGAGGAAGCAGUUCUUCAGCUCAGGGGUAAAUAAGCGUUCUCUGGACUGCAUUGAGAAAGCGGCUUUCUUCGUGACUCUGGAUGAUGAAGAGGAAGGGAUGAAGGGUGACGAUCCAUCUGGGAACCUGGACCGCUACGCUAAAUCACUUCUGCAUGGCAAGUGUUACGACCGGUGGUUUGAUAAGUCCUUCUCAGUGGUAAUCUAUAAGAAUGGGAAGACCGGUCUGAAUGCUGAACACUCCUGGGCUGAUGCACCGACUGUGGCUCAUUUAUGGGAGUUUACCUUGGCCACAGAUGCAUUUCAGUUAGGUUACGACACGAAUGGAAACUGUCGAGGUGAAGUGCAGCGCUCUCUACCUCCUCCUCAACGCCUCAACUGGGACAUACCAUCAGAGGUGCAGGAGCAGAUAAAGGAAUCUCUGGUGGUGGCUCAAGCAUUAGCUGAUGAUGUCGACUGUCAUGUAUUUCCCUUCAGCGUGUUUGGGAAAGGAAGCAUUAAGAAGCUAAAAAUCAGUCCAGAUGCUUUUAUCCAGAUCUCUCUGCAGCUGGCGUAUUACAGGGACCAUGGAGGUUUCUGCCUGAUCUACGAAGCCUCAAUGACACGUUUAUUCAGAGAAGGCCGCACUGAGACUGUUCGCUCCUGUUCUAAAGAGAGCUGUGAAUUUGUUCUGGGUCUGGAAGCUGGAGAGGGGAAGGAUCAGUGCAUCUCUCUGCUGCGUAAAGCUGCUGAGAAACACCAGAACCUCUACAAACUGGCCAUGACAGGUUCCGGCAUCGACAGACAUCUCUUCUGCCUCUAUGUGGUCUCCAAAUACCUCGGAGUCCAGUCCCCGUUUCUCAAAAAGGUGUUAUCUGAACCCUGGCGUCUCUCUACCUCUCAGACUCCCGUGCAGCAGAUGGAGCUUUUUGACUUGAUCAAUCACCCAGAAUUCAUCUCUCUGGGUGGAGGCUUCGGUCCAGUAGCUGAUGAUGGUUACGGUGUGUCCUACAUCAUUGUUGGUGAGAACAUGAUCAACUUCCAUGUGUCAAGUAAAAACUCCUGCACACACACGAACUCAGGCAGGUUUGGUGCUCAGAUCAGCCAAGCUUUAAAGGAUAUGAUGUCUCUGUUCAGCUCUAACCCUGAGAAACCAGUGGAGAAAAAACAGCUGUAAAAAUGUGUGCUUGUGCGUGUGUGUGUGUAUGUGCGUGUGUGUGUGUAUGUAUGUCUUUGCGUGUGUGUGUGUGUGUGUGUGUGUGUGUAUACGUGUGUGUGUGUAUGUAUGUCUUUGCGUGUGUG